CAAAAAAAAUCAAAGAAACCGAACAAAAUGGAGGAGAGAAGAGAGAAUGAGAGAAUGAGAGGAAAAGCCAUUGCUCAAUCUCCCUCCCUCAUUUUCCCUUCCUCCUCUCUUUCUCGAUAGCCCAAACCACAUGAGAACGACGACCCACCACACAUUACCAAAACAGAGGCAGAAACAAUAGAAAAAAAUGGCACCAAGCAAAAUACGAAAAGCCCUCGGCGCAGUUAAAGAUCAAACAAGCAUAGGACUCGCCAAAGUGAGCAACAGCACAACACUCGCGGAGCUUGAGGUCGCCAUCGUGAAAGCAACUCGCCAUGACGAGUACCCCGCUGAAGAGAAGCACGUCCGAGAGAUACUUUCCCUCACAUCCUACUCCCGCACCAACAUAGCCGCAUGCGUGGCUCUCCUCUCCCGCCGACUUGGCAAAACCAGGAGCUGGGCGGUCGCCCUCAAGGCGCUUGUGCUCAUCCACCGCCUGCUCGCCGACGGAGAUCCAGCCUACGAGCGGGAGGUUUUCUUCGGGACGAGGCGCGGCACGCGGAUGCUUAACAUGGCUGACUUUAGGGACGCGGGAUCGAGGUCAGAAGGAUGGGAUUAUUCGGCGUUUGUGAGGACUUAUGCGAGGUAUCUUGAUGAGAGAUUGGAGUAUAAGAUGUUGGGGAGGAGAUACAGGGGGGGAUCGGCGACAUUGGUGUCGGCGACGGUGGGAUGGCAGGGAUGGAGGAGGAUGGGUAGGGAAGAGGAGGGGGAAGAUGGGGAAGGUCCGGCGACUCCGGCAAGGUCGACACCUGUGAGGGAGAUGAAAGCUGACCGACUUUUGGUGAAGGCGCACCAUCUACAGAUGUUGCUUGACCGAUUGCUCGCGUGCCGCCCAACUGGGGUUGCGAUGGACAACAGAAUCGUAGCCAUGGCAUUAUACCCUGUGGUGAAGGAAAGCUUCCAAAUUUACCUGGAUCUGACGGAGAUCACCUCCGCUUUCGUGGACCGCUUCACGGAGCUUCUGGUUCCCGACUGCGUCCGCGUCCACGAUCUCUUUUCCAAGCUCUCCAAGCAGUUUGAGGAGCUCGAAUCCUUCCAUUCAUGGUCGCGCUCUGCCGGCAUUGCUCGCCCCUCCGAUUACCCGGACAUCGAACACAUCACUGAUAACAAUCUUAGGGUUAUGGAGGACUUCAUUCGAGACCGCUCAUCGCUCCCGGAUCCCCAGCUCUCUCGUCGCUCAUCGGCACAAGAACAUGAUAGUGCUGUUCGAGCGGUGAAGAAUGUCAAGGUCUUUCAGGCGCCGCCGCCGGAGGAGCCACCGGAGGAGGUGGAGGAAAGUGGGAAGGAGUUGGUCGAAUUGGCCGCCGAACCAGAAACGGCGGCAUCCGCAGUUGCGGAGGAGAAAUUAGCAGAUUUUCUCAAUCUUCAGGAAGACGCAGCAACCAACGAAGCUCACCCAGACAGCCUCGCCCUCGCGCUGUUCGACGGCAUUCCAACGGAAACAGUGGCGGCGCAGCCUUGGGAGCCAUUCAAAGAGACAGAGGAUUGGGAGAAAGCGCUCGUUGAAUCCGCCAGCAACUUCCAUGGUAAAAAGCCGGCGCUAGCCGGCGGAUUUGAUAUGCUGAUGCUCGAAGGAAUGUACAGCCAGUGCACGGCGGCGACAGAAGCUAGAGUUGCAGGAAACACCACCGGGGUAGGGCAGCCGGUGCAGGGGAUGCUAGCACUGCCGGCCCCAGCGGAUGGCUGCGCCAUCAGCACCAGCGGAUCUGGAGACCCAUUCGCAGCAUCAGCAGUAGCGCCGCCACCGUGGGUGCAGAUGUCGGAGUUGGAGAAGAAACAGAGAUUGUUUGUGGAGGAACAGAUGAUGUGGCAACAGUAUGCGAGGGACGGGAUGCAGGGGAAGUUUCCGGUGGGUGGUGGUGGGGCGUAUCCAUAUAAUUGGGGAGGAUAUACACAACGGUUUUAAUUUAGGGUGUGUUUGGGGCGGCUUGUGUUUAUUCAGAUAAAUCGUCUAUCUGGAAAUGCGGACUGUAAGGUUUGACCUGCAUUCUGCGUUUACUGUAAAAAACCAACUGAGUUUUUGGAUAAACUGCUCAAACUCAGUUUCCAAAUGGUAAGGUGUUGUUUUCAAAACGCUGCCGCAGUGGAUAAACUGCCCCAAAUGGAACCUUAGUGAGAUUUUUCAGAAAAAUCUAUA